AUGGCACCACCACCACCACCGUUGCCAUUAUUGUCGCCGCCUCCAUCGUCACUGUUAUUACCCAAAGAAGAGUCAUCGGCCACCGCCACCGCCACCACCGACGAGAAACCGCCGAGGGCCCUCCGUGUGCCCAUUUCACUUCAACCGGCGAACACCAAGAGCAAACGCGAUUCCAAGUCCAACAAACUUUUUCGAAGGUUCCGUUCCGUGUUCCGGUCAUUCCCCAUUAUUGUGCCGUCAUGCAAGAUGCCGGUGAUGAACGGAAUCCGCGGCAAUGAGGUGCACAUCCACGGAGGGACGAGAAUUACCGGAACCCUAUUUGGACACCGGAAAGCAAGGAUAAACCUUGCAUUCCAAGAAAAUUCUAAGUGUCACCCAUUUCUACUCUUGGAGCUAGCUAUCCACACGGGUAAGCUGCUUCAAGAUAUGGAAAUGGGGCUGAAUAGAAUAGCGUUGGAGUGCGAGAAACACCCCAACAAUGAGAAGGUUAAGAUCAUUGAUGAACCCAUUUGGUCUUUGUUUUGCAAUGGGAAGAAAACGGGGUAUGGGGUGAAGAGAGAGCCUACGGAUGAUGACUUGAGCGUGAUGCAAUUGUUGCAUGCAGUGUCUGUAGCCGUCGGUGUUCUUCCCAAUGAGAUGGCUGAUCCUCAUGAUGGCGAGCUCUCUUACAUGAGAGCGCAUUUUGAACGUGUAGUUGGGUCCAAAGAUUCAGAGACUUAUUAUAUGAUGAUGCCUGAUGGCAACAAUGGUGGCCCAGAGCUCAGUGUGUUCUUCGUCAGAAUUUGA